CCUCGAUUCGCGCCUGCGCUGGUGUCGCAAUUCCACGUGAAAUAGGGCACUUGGGAACGACGCAUAUCCUGCAAAAUGCCUAGUGUGCGUCGUCGACGGCCACACAACAACGCCAUGCGACGAACCGCGCUCAUCGCGCUCGUGACGAGCUCGGCCCAGGGCUGGCUCGCGAACAGCCGCUCCGCGCGCGCGCCGGCGGCGCUGCGACCACACGAUGUAAAGGGACCCCAGCGACGGCGCCGCGGCGUCGUCCUCGCCGCGACGCCCUCGAAGUCCUGGCAGCGCGGCAACGCUUUGAGUUACGCCAGUGGAGACGUCUACGCCAAACAUGGCUUGGAAGCGGUCCUCUCCCACCCUCUACUCACGAAGGAGGAGGAGUUCGAACUCGGGAGCAAGGUCCAGAAGCUCUCGGCCAUCGAGUCCACUCGUAAAUCUCUACGAGAGAACGCUACGGACGCGAGCGACGACAGUGUAGCGAAAUUACUGGGCUACGUCGACCCCAUCGACAUCUUCCGGGCCGAGGUCGCGGGACGGGACGCGAGGGAACACAUGAUUCUCAGUAAUAUGAGAUUGGUCGUUUCCACGGCGAGGCGGGCCCAAGCUAGACUGCCACGAGCCACACAAUUGGCGGUAGACAGAGAUGGGGGCGCCCAGGCCCUCGAGGACCUCGUGGCCGAGGGGACGCUGGGCCUGGCCACCGCAGUUGAUAGGUACGACCCAGGCCGCGGGUUUCGGUUCAGUACGUAUGCGGUCUGGUGGGUUAGACAAGCGAUUCAAAAAGCUUCGAGGAAAAGACAAAUAGUAGCCGUCCCGCGCCACGUCCAGGAGCUCGGCAAGCAGUGCGAAAAUGCCACGCGCGAAUUGAGAGACAUGCUCGGACGUUCACCGUCGGUCGACGAGCUCGCGGCGUUCCUCGACUUGAAGCCGAAGCAGGUCGAGCGGGCCACGCGGUCCGGCCUGGCGACGCUGUCGCUGGACGUGCCUCUCGGUCGCAGUAAAACGGCAAAAGGUUCGGGUGCUGGCGACGGCGGCGACGCCGCGUCGCUCGCCGAUUUAUUGGAGGCGCCCGAGGUCCAGCCCUACGCGUCCGCAUCCUUCCACGAGCUGCGGGACGCGAUUGACGUCGCGAUGAAGCGGUCUCUGGAUAAUUCGGAACGGGACGUCUUGCGACUCCGGUUAGGAUUGGACGACGGGAACUCGCGCACGCGGCCCCAAGUCGGUGCGAUCAUGGGCCUCGAUACGCGGCGCGUGCGGGGCAUCGAGCAAGGGGCGUUGACCAAGCUCCGGAAAGGCCCUUCGUCGCUGGAAAUGUAUCUGCCCAAAGACGGGGGGAGGGGCGGGCCGCCCCCCGAGUUCUAGUUCAAGUCUAAUAUUUUCCGAUUCGU